ACUAUGACAACCAGCCGGCGCCUAAAGCUGAGCCUAGUGCUCCCAGCUUGCCCCGCGUGACGCAGCGCCGGAAGUGAGUGAGCACUUCCGGCGGCCUCCCCUUCGCCCUGGCAUCUCCGCGGUACUCAUUUCCCCGGUUGUUCCUGCAGUCAUGAAGGACGUACCCGGCUUCUUACAACAGAGUCAGAGCUCCGGGCCCGGCCAGGCCGCCGUGUGGCACCGUUUGGAGGAGCUCUACACCAAGAAGUUGUGGCAUCAGCUGACACUUCAAGUGCUUGAUUUUGUGCAGGACCCCUGCUUUGCCCAAGGAGAUGGUCUCAUUAAGCUUUAUGAAAACUUCAUCAGUGAAUUUGAACACAGGGUGAAUCCUUUGUCCCUGGUAGAAAUCAUUCUACAUGUAGUUAGACAGAUGACUGAUCCUAAUGUGGCUCUUAGUUUUCUGGAAAAGACUCGUGAGAAGGUGAAAAGUAGUGAUGAGGCGGUGAUCCUGUGCAAAACCGCAAUUGGAGCUCUGAAGCUAAAUAUCGGUGACCUGCAGGUUACAAAGGAAAGUUGCAAAAAUAGCACAGAAGACCCUCCUUUGCCCUCACCUCAGGUUGCUGUUCACAUCGCUCCUCUUUGCCCCACCAUUCUGUGCUGUGUGUGUGUGCAUGAAACUAUCGAAGAUGUUGAGGAAAUGCUCAGCAACCUCCCUGGGGUGACAUCCGUUCACAGUCGUUUCUACGACCUCUCCAGUAAAUACUAUCAAACAAUUGGAAACCACGCGUCCUACUACAAAGACGCUCUGCGGUUUCUGGGCUGUGUGGACAUCAAGGAUCUGCCAGUGUCUGAGCAGCAGGAGAGAGCUUUCACGCUGGGACUGGCAGGACUUCUUGGCGAGGGAGUUUUCAACUUUGGCGAGCUGCUCAUGCACCCCGUGCUGGAGUCGCUGAGGGACACGGACCGGCAGUGGCUGAUCGACACCCUCUACGCCUUCAACAGCGGCAACGUGGAGCGAUUCCAGACCCUGAAGACCGCCUGGGGCCAGCAGCCUGAUUUAGCAGCCAACGAAGCCCAACUUCUCAGGAAAAUUCAGUUACUGUGCCUCAUGGAGAUGACUUUUACACGACCCGCCAAUCAUAGGCAACUCACUUUUGAAGAAAUUGCCAAAAGUGCUAAAAUCACUGUGAACGAGGUGGAGUUGCUGGUGAUGAAGGCCCUCUCGGUGGGGCUGGUGAAAGGCAGUAUUGACGAGGUGGAUAAGCGGGUUCACAUGACCUGGGUGCAGCCCCGCGUGCUGGAUUUGCAGCAGAUCAAGGGGAUGAAGGACCGUCUGGAGUUCUGGUGUACCGACGUGAAGAGCAUGGAGAUGCUGGUGGAGCACCAGGCCCACGACAUCCUCACCUAGGCCCCUGGCCUCAGCCCAUCCCUGGAGAGGUGUUUCGUGGCGGGUGACCCAGGCAGCAAGAAGACCUGCGUUUAAUCGGGGGUGGGAGUGGGAGUCAGUUUGGAGUAUGGACUGUUCUUCCUGUGCACAUUGUCACGGAGGACUGUCAUUGACGAGGGAGCCAGCCAUAGGCAAAAGCCUCCUUUCUGGAUGCCGCUGUAGCCUGCAGUGGAGAAGGGUCACUGGGGCUCAGGUGAGGCAGCAGGAAUGUGUGGAUACCUCCAGGAAUGGGGAGGAAAGCCCCUCAUAGGUGGAGGGCACCCAUUCCAGCAUUGGCCUUCACUGCACCCACAUGUGUGAAUGGCUUCUCCAGUGCAGCUUGAGGAUGUUUCUGUAAUAAAUGCCUUGCUCUGUC